GUAAUAAAGACAAACUUGGUUCGAUAAACGUGUACAAAGCGGUGUCGCUAACUUGGUAUCCGCGGUCAGGAUACGUUACAUACGUUGCAUCUUAUUUAUUUAUUAGCGUGAGGCGAUAUCGCGGCCUCCGCUCGGCUCGCAUUUGUUUCCCCGCCGUGCCGGGCGGCCAUGUUGGAUGCGCCGCGCCGCGCGAACCCGCCAGUUUCACGCGGACAUUCAUACGCGGACAUCGCACGGUUUACGCGCGCACCGGCAAAACCGCACGCGAUACGUGUUUGUUAAAAUUAUAUUUUGUAAACUGAGCAAUUAAAUAUUAUGGGCCGUUCACGAGACAGUGACGGUAUAAAGAGUGGCCUGAUAAUAUCCGAGGUUGAGAAGCGGCCGUGCCUGUUUGAUACGAACGAUCCCAACUACGGAGACAGGGCGGAGAAGUCCAGGUGCUGGGAGGACGUGUGCGAGACGGUGGUACCGGGCUGGACCGGGCUCGGCUCGGCUGAGCGGCUGGCGGCGGGCAAAGAGGUGCAGAAGCGAUGGAGGUCCAUCCGCGACUCCUACACGAAGACCUACAGGCAAGGGAAGUGCAUGCCGCCAGAGCAAUGUCCUCCGAACAGCCGCCGCUACCAAUAUCACCGUCAGAUGUCGUUCCUACUGCGUGCAUUACAAAACAAAAAACCAAGAUACUCACAAGACAAAUACGAAUCGUACUCGGAAGUUUCUAACUCGCCACAGCAUCCUCCACCAGAAGACAUCAUGCCCAAAAUCAAAACAGAGGCACCGCUAGACCUGAAGACCACGCCCACACCACCAGAAAAACCAGAGACAGUCGACAAAUGCAACCAAGCGACCAUAGACAAGAACCCAUCACUCGAAAUAAAGAUAGACGCGAACUCCAUCCUCCCUGAUGAUCAUUUUGAUGAUGACAGAUUGUUCAUGAACUCGCUGAUACCAUUCUUUAAGAGGAUGGAUGAUGACACAAGACUGUUGUGCCGUAUUGAGGUCUUGAAGAUCACCAGAUACGCCCUCCAGGGUCACAAGUGUAUAGAGGCGUUGAAGGUAGCUGAAGACAGCUAUUUCAAGGACAGGAUGAGUGGUAUUCUGGCUAAGCAGGAGGUGACCGAUACUAGCUCUUCGCCGAAGAGCACAGAGUCCAAAUUGUCUAUGACUACCCGGUCUGCUGAUGGGAGUCGGCCUAUGAGGAAAAAGAGGAUGAGGUCUCCUUCGCCAUUGCCAGUGCCGGCGAAAAGGAGGGGCCCGGGGCGUCCCAGGAAGAUCCGUCCGCCGCCCUCGGACUCGGACGAGGAACAGUUGUCCAAGAAGCGCUGUCCGCGGCUGAAGGUAGCGCCGGUCCCUGCGCAGCACAUGUCGGAGAUGGACGAGUCCCUAAGCCGCGCCACCAGCGUCGCUCAGCUCUCCACGCCGCUCUUCAUGAAGAUGUACAACCUGGAGCGCACUAAGGUCGCCCCCGCACCGUCAGCGCAGACCAUGCAGUUGUCAAUCAAAACUGAACCGAUCGACGAGGACAUACCGCCCGAGACGAGUUAAAACGUCACGUCCGCUUCCUGUUGAGUGUUUGUUAUUUUACUGUGAUAUACAGGGUGUUGUUAAAUAUUUUUUUUUAUUAAGAAUCGUUAUUUUUCAAUUUAUAUAUACGCGGCACGAUUGUCGCAAUGAGGUCUCGAGAUUCAAUACCCGGGUCGGGCAAAUGGCAAUAGGCUCACUCCCUACGUGGAACCUAACAUAGCUAGCGAAUGUGGGUAUGUUACACCUCUGCCUACCCUUGAAUAGGCUAAAAGCGUGAUGCUUUAUAUUUUUCAACUUGUGUAGCUUGAUGCAAAACAAUCAGUAUUAAUACAUUUUGCACGAUAAUAUAUAUGUAUAACCAUUUUUGGAAUGAUAAAAAAAUAUCAAAUCGAUCAACAUCCUGUAUCAUGAUUGUCAAAUUUGGGUGUGUGAUUGUGAUAUUUGUUUCAUUGAUUCUCGCUUCGCCAUUUCAAUGUAACUGAACGGUAGGUUAAGACAAUAUUGCUGUCAAUAAUGACGGUUUAAAAAUUGAACUGAUGAAAUAUUUGCUCCGAACAAAAUUAAUUGAGCUGUUAUAAUAGCGUGCGGGCGCCCUAAAAGUGGGUGAAUUUGGAAUCAAAGUUGAUAGCAUUUUGUAGUUUUUAAUAUUAAUUAUAUGGAUUAUAGUAUACGUUAUUUAAGGUUGGCAUUACACUAUCAAGUACAGAUAUUAUCGAGCUUUCAUUAUUGUAAUACAAACUUGCUUGAUAGUGUAAUGGCAACUGAUUAUAUUGGCAACUAUUUUAUUGACAUUCUAAUCUAAAAUGAACAUAAAAAAUAUUUUCAACGAAAAAGUAACAUCGAUAAAAAUAUUUUAAGUAAAAAUAUAAAAAAUAAUAUCAUUAUAGGCCUCUAACGAAGAUCCACUAUACUGCCGCGCUAAGCGCAAAAGCGGUAUGUCAGGGAAACAUUAUUUCGAGAUAGUCGAAGUUUUGUAAAUAUAGUUUUUUAUGUAAAACUGGGAUGGAGAAACUCUUUUAAGGUUUUUUUAACAAGUUUUAAACAAGAUACCGUUAUUUAGGUAAGUUCAUUGGGUAUUUCUUUAAGCUAUCUGACUACAUAAAAAUUAAGAUUUCUUUUUUUUGAGAUACCGCUUUUGAGCAUAUCACGGCAGUAUAGGUCUCCAGAGGCGGUGAUGUCAAUAUAAGUGUUGCCAGUAGUCUCGACCACGCAGGUUCGCAAUGGCCGAGGUUUUAUUGUACAUUCCAGAGUUAAGAUUAUGUUGUAAGACAAUAAAUAUAUUUUAUGAUCGUAUGACGGAAAAUUGAAUGUGGAGAAAAAAUAAAAAACAAGUUUUAUAAA